CCAGUCAGGUGCGUAACGACGAAAACAAGUUCCUUCUACACUUCUCGAAUGUUGACGUUAACUAAGUAAAUUAUAAAAAAUAGCAUUACCACUAUAAUUUCUGCAAAAAGCUCGCAGUUAGGACAUGAAUCGGCUAUUUGGGAGCUCAAAACCUAAGGCUCCGCCUCCUAAUCUGACCGAUUGCAUCCAAAAUGUGGAUGGCAGGUCCGACUCGAUCGAGAAGAAGAUAUCGAAACUAGACGUAGAACUACACAAGUAUAAGGAACAAAUGAAGAAAAUGAGAAACGGUCCGUCUAAAAACAUGGUCAAGCAAAAGGCAAUGAGGGUGCUGAAGCAAAAGCGUAUGUACGAACAGCAGAGAGACAGCCUAAUGCAGCAGUCUUUUAAUAUGGAACAAGCAAAUUACGGGAUACAAAGCCUGAAGGAUACCAAAGUCACUGUGGAUGCGAUGAAGAUCGCCAACAAGGAAAUGAAGAAAGAAUACAAGAAGGUUAACAUUGAUCAGAUAGAGGACCUUCAAGAUGACAUGACAGACAUGCUAGAAUUAGCAGACGAAGUACAGGAAUCGCUCGGCCGGUCCUACGGCAUGCCAGAGAUUGAUGAUGAUGAAUUGGAGGCUGAGCUUGAUGCACUUGGGGACGAGAUCGCGCUAGACGAAGACACGUCGUACCUGGACGACGCAAUCACGACGCCGAGCGUACCGAGCAAGGAGCCGGGCGCGGACAGUGUCGCCGUCGGCGAGGGCGGAAUCCCGGUGGAUGAGUUCGGUCUGCCGCAGAUCAGCUCGUGAUUGUCGCGCCGUGACCGCGCCGGCGGCGUGCAGUAUAGGAAGACGCUGCACACCGUGGCGUAGAUGUAUGGUCAAACCGGUGGUAGCUCCCACCUCCAUAGAAUGGCCACCUGUCUAUAAAGGCCAUAUUGGCAUUUUCCCUCGAGUGGCAGUAACAGUAAAACCACUUCUGUAGAAUGCCCUGGAGUGGGAAAGACUGCUUCCCACAAGUAACUGUUCUAUACAGGUUUGGUUGUACAUUAUAGGGAUGUUACAGAACUCCUGAAACAUGAAAACCUAACUGGAGCUUACCGUAGUAGAUUUUCAUAAUUUCGUGUUUUUAAAUGGAAAAAUCUGCCUCUAUUUGUCUACUUCUGUGACUAAAUCAAAGUGAACCAAUGUCUAGCUAAUCUAUUAUCCCAUAGAUCUAUAUUCUAGACAAUCAUUCAGUUUGUUAGAUGUGUAUGUGGCUUCAUCAUAUAAUAUAUAUAUAUAGAUAUAGAUAGAUACAUUAUAAUUAUAAUGUGAAAUUGAUUUUUAACGUUAUGGUAUUUUUUUUCCAUGUACUAUUUUUUACAAAUUCUUGGCAUUUUUGUUUGUAAAUGUGUAUCUGUCGUAUCAGAAAUUGAUCAUUUGAUCAUUACAAAUUGCAAUGAUCUACUUCUAUUCAUAUGCAGGCAGUUUGUAAAGUCAGGGCAGAAUUAACUCCCUGGCAGGAUAUCUGAUGAAUUAAGCUUCGAAGUUGUGAAUAUUGACCUGGGUUUGGAAAUCAUCUCAUACUCUAUUCAUAGCAUGUACAUGUCCCAACGUGGUGUAAUCAGAAGCCGGCGUAACAUCUUGAACGAACCACAGAUGUUCUAAUAAAGUAUUGCAAUCUUGUGGCAUGCAGUAAAGCAUACAAGCAUCAUUUUGUCGAUAAACACAUGGUGUAUCUGCCGUUUGUGGUUCUUGUUUUUUUCUGGAGUGCAUAAAAGAUUCUCAAUUGUAUAUUGUAAUUAAGCAAAUUUGACAAAUAAAUAUUAGUUAGUAACCUAUA